CGAUAGUGAAACGUGUUUGAGCAGUUAAGAAAAAAACCUUUUGGUCUAACAAACAGGACAAAAAUAAACAACUGAUAAUAAUUUGCAACAUAAAGUGCUGAUUGAACUAAUAUUAACGCUUUGUGGCAGCUUUAAUCGAUUUAUGAAAUGACAAAAUGUUCAAAUAAAUUUGCUAAGUGUGCAAUAUUUUUAGGAUUUUAAUGAGCUUUCAUUGCAAAAGUCAGAUGUGCUAUGUGCAAAAACAUUUAAUGAGCGCACUAAUUACACAAGUGUGAGUGGAAAAGCAGCGAGCAGUGUGUGCGAGCGAGCAAGAGAGAGGGAGAAAGUAAAGCGUAUGGAGUAGCGCAAAACUAAAUCAAUCAAUUAGAGCCAGUAAAUAAGUUUCGCAAGCCAAAGAUGGACCUACUACGUAUACGUAAUCUAACACUGCCAACGCCAGCCGCAACAACAAUUAUGUCCUCGUCAACAGCAACAACAGCAGCCUUGGCCGCAGCCAUGUCCAGCGCCACAGCAUCGACGCCAGCAACGCCAGCAACAGCAAUAGCAACAACAACAACAACAACGCCAAAUACAUUUUUUACAUACAGCAUACCAGGCAUGGACAUUGCGCCAGGACCAUUUAUAUUCACCUACGUUAGUGAAUUUUUAUCGCUUAUCACGCCCGAAGAAUUGCCGCUCGAUUCCAUACGCGAUGUGUUACACAAAAAUGUCAGCCUGGUUGAUUUCGCCUCCAAUGCCAUAAAAAUUGAAUCCGGUUUUAUAGCGUUGAUGAGCAUAUUCGCGAUAUUGGCACUGGUGCCGUUGAUUGCCACCUGCGCCUGGUGCUGUGGCCGCCGCAGCACACAGGACGAAGUGAAUGCCAUAAGCAAUGCACCGGUGAACAUACGCGACGAGUCGCUGGAGAAUAAUCUGCGUUGUCGCAAGAGCGCCGCACUGCUGACACUUUGGAUUGUGUUCAUAUUGCUAACGCUAAGCGACGUGAGCAUAUUUUAUGCCAACAGUCGCCUGUCCACGGGCAUUGAGAUGACGCCGGAGAUGGUCAAGGCGGCGGUGCACGAUGUGGAGGUUUUUCUAAAGGACACGCAUCUACAAAUCAAACACAAACUGGAUAAUGGCUUUCAUGUUUCCGUUGAGAAAGUCGUCAAAGACUUGGAAGACGUUGAUGUGCUGCUGGGCGAACCUAUUCAAGCGGAAAUAUCUGCACACACUGGCCUUGAGCUCGCCUAUGAUUCAUUGACAACACUUAGCCUGGCCAACGCAGAGCUCAUCUAUCGCGUGCUCAUGCUGCAGGAGACGGUCGGACGCGCCUUGAAGUUGUCCCAGGAGGCGGCCGCGCGCAUGGAGGAGCUGCAGAUACAGCUGUCCGUGCUGCAGCGGCAAUGCACGUACAGGGAUCGACCGCUAUGUGAUACGCUGCGUAUACGCAGUUUCGAAGAGAACGGCGUAGUCGAUGCACUAAAAACGCUGCAAGAGGACCAGAGUAUUUUUCGCAUGCGCUACUUGGGGGAAAUUGAAUUUGGUGCCACUGUCAAAAAUCUAACAUCGGAAGUUGGCGUCUCACGUUCUAUUUUCAGCAAUUUCCCGCAACAAGUUAAACACGAUACGGCUUACGAGCGAAACUACACACUGGAGCAAUUGGCAAGCAUUCGUCACAGGACAACGGCCAAUGCACAGCUGCUGACGUCGACAGUGAAUGCGCUGCUGGAGCGACUGCAGAGCACUUGGCCAACAUUGGAGCCGUCGUACAAUGAGAUGAAGCGUUGGGCCAACAGCUAUUGGAGUGUGGGCUGGAUAGCUGGUUUGCUUAUUGUCUGGGUCAUAAUAUUUUUGCUGAUGUCCUAUUGCUGCUUUAUCUGUGAAUCAAACACCAAGUCGGGCAUGGUCUUCUUCAUAGCCGUGCUCUUCAUAUGCCUCGGCAGCAUCGGCCUCAGCAUUUACGCCGUAAUCUCAUUGGCAAUUGGCGGUAAUUCGCAAGUGUUUCUGUGCCGCUCGCUCUACGGCCACAACUAUGAGCUGCUGGGUAAGCUGCUGGACAAGCCCGGCUAUGUCUAUGCCAGAGAACCGCAAACCGGCAUCAUUGGCGAGCUGCUGCGUCCCGCCGACGUUCGACGCUCUGUGGUCAACGUGCAGCUGGGCAGAGCGCUCAGGGGCUGUGAACAGAAUCAAGCAUCGUACAGUGUCUUUCAAUUGGAUGCGUUCGUUAAUACGACGAAAAUAGCCGAUUUAAAACAAUUCCCCAAAGUAUCAACGGCCAUUGAUGCAAUUUCCGUAUCGGAACGCACCAUGCUCUCAUUGACGCAGUCCAUACAAAAUAUACUCGAGAAUAUGCUGCAAACAUCCGCAUUCAAUUUGACCACAUACCGCAACAGUGUUGGUGCACCCACGCCCGAAAAGGAUUUGGCCACAUUUAUUGAUCAAAUGCAACGAGUUGCCCUGCAGAUUCAGGAUGUGGCCACCUCAUCACGCAUGACCACGCUGGGCAGUCGAUCUAAACGCUUGCAGGCAUCCAUUUUGCAGCCACUGGAGAAUUUACAAAACGAGAUUCUCUAUCAUCUGACAGCCCUCGAGCUGCAGCGUGAGCCCUGGGCCAAGCAGGUCAAUCAAACGCUCAAUCAUUUGAAGAACAUCCAAGGCUAUUUGGAGAACAAAGCCGGCGAGAUUUGUCACAAUCUGACGCGCGUCUACACAGAGCGCCUCAAGACUUAUUUGACUAGCAGCCGAGCCACUAUGGAAUCGCAGCUGGGAGACACCACCACCAAGUGUCGCCCCUUCUAUGAUACAUUCGAUGCUAGUCGCACUUUUCUGUGCCGCAAUCUGGUGGACUUUGUCAAUGGCCUGUGGUUCUUUGUAUUUCUAACGCUGCUGCUCUGGGCCAUUGGCACGCCAGUGGGACUCAAUUUGAUUACCAUACAGACGCGUUUGCAUGCCAUGGAAACGGCGCAUAAACGCAAAGGCAAAGGCAAGCCAAGACGCCAGCGCAGCGAUGGCAGCGAUAGAAGCGUGGAGCAGCAGCGUUCACGUGGCCGUAGCCAGCAGCAGCAGCGCGGACGCUCAAAGCAGCGCGCCAGCAAUGCCAGCAAGCGCGAGCAGCAGCGAGAACGCAGCACCAGCAGCACAGGACGUGUCAAGCCAGUACUACGACGCACUGCCACGGAGGAGACCUUGGACAUAGCUGAUGAUGACUCGACGCCCACCAGACAGUCGCCGCCACAGCAGCAGCAGCAGCACUCAACGCAGCGACCAUCGGAGCAGCGUGAGCUGGAGCGUGGACGAGAGCGGGAGCGUGAUCAGCGUAGUCGCGAGCGUGAGCUGAGUCGCGGACGUGAAAUGUCAAAUCUGAAUACGCCAAAUAGAAGAAAGUCAAGGGAGUCUCUAAACCACGAGGAUGACAAUUGGGGUUCAUCCAGUGCGCCCAGUCGUGCCAACUCCAAUGAGCGCGAGAGCAGUCAGUCUAGAAAGAUAAUCAACAUUUGGCAAUCGCGUAACAAAGUCAAGCCACCACUACGACGCCAGGGCACCGAGUCGUUUGACUUUGAGGAUGGCCCCGAAGACAAUGGCUGGAGUGCGCAGCAGAGCGCCAGUCCCGAGCCACGCCCCUCAGAUAAUCGUCGUCAGCCCACGGAUAAUCGCAAUCAAAUUCGUAAUAAACCCAAGCAACGAGCUGCGGAUAGAGCUGGCAGCGAGUCAGUGCGUCGUCCUGUGACUCCAGCGCUAAGCGUUAAUCCGGAUAUACCUGCGGCUGUGCCCAUGCCGCGCACGCCAAUGCGCUUGAAGAGCAAAGUGUCCUUGACCACGCGCGCAAUGCAGGAUAUUGUCAAUAGGCGGAGUCAGCGUCUAACGCGCUCGGGUACCGAUGAAUACGAUUUGGACGAAAGCGAUAUUUACGGUGCUCAGCAGGACGCUGACGCUGUAGCGAACGCACGUCGCACUCCGCCACGCGGAGCGCCGCCGCCACCGCCACCACCCGCCGCUGGCAUGAACAGAUCCGUGCGUUGGCAUGAGGCGGAAGUGGACUUUGAUUUUGUGGAUGUCGAUGCGCCGGUCGAACGAAAAUUAUAACUCUUAACUUUGAAUUAUUUAAUUGUAGUUUUUAAGCGACAUUUACAUUUUAUAUGCGAACAUUAUUUA